AUGGCGGGCGGAGGUUCGUUAUUCGCCUCUCCCGAGUGGAAGAAGGACCCUCGGGAGAUUUUCAACGCCAAACUCCUCUUGCUGGGUAUCACGAUCGCCUUCGCAGGAUGUGCAUACGGCUUUGACCAGGGGAACAUCGGAGGCAUUAUGACUUUCCCCUCGUUCAGGAAAGCCUUCGGAUUUGACACGAUCAGUACGGAGGAGGCAGACAAAAGAGAGGGCAAUAUUGCAGCAAUGCUGGCUGCUGGUGGUACCGCUGGCGCGUUGCUCGCAGCACCUCUAUCCGACUAUCUUGGACGCAAGAAGGCAGUUACAUCCAUGGCUGCACUAUUCCUAGUCGGCUGUGGAAUGCAAGAGGUUCCGAAUCUCGACGUUCUCUACGCUGGUCGUCUGCUGGCUGGUGUCGCUAUCGGUGCAACUUCUAUGUUGGCUCCCCAAUAUCUCGCCGAAAACUCCCCCAAGUCUAUUCGCGGCUCUCUCACCACGUCUUACAACCUCAUGAUCAUCCUUGCUUUAGCGAUUGCAUUCUGGGUCAACUAUGCCGUUAGUCUUUGGCCCAAUCAAGACCCCAACAACAACAUGGCUUGGCAGCUGGCUCUUGGCAUUCAACUCAUCCCCGGAUUCUUCCUCUUCGUCCUCAUUUGGUUCGUCGUUGAAACACCUCGAGCGUUGAUCGCGAAGGGAAAGGAUGAGCGUGGACUGAAAAACCUGUGCAAGUUGCGAGGCCUGCCCGCCGAGCACCCUUACGUUCGGCAAGAGUACAUGGAAAUUACAGCUCAAGUUGAGGCUGAACAACAGACUGCUAAGGGAACCAACUACCUCGUUGUCAUGAAAGACAUCGCCACGAACCCCAGCAACCGUCGUCGUCUCUUCCUUGCCGUCACGCUGUUCUUGUUCCACAAGCUCACCGGAACCGACUCGCUCAACUACUUCGCGCCUCAAAUCUUCGCCAUGAUCGGUGUCCCGAAGGGCUCCAGCUCUCUCCUCACGACCGGUGUCUACGGUGUAGUCAAGCUGGCCACUACGAUCAUUUACGUCACUGUCAUCGUCGACCGCGUUGGACGUCGCCUUCCUCUCAUCAUCGGCGCGACCAUCCAAGCUACUUCCAUGCUUUACAUCGGACUGUUCAUUCGCUUUUCUGACGUCGAGGCCGGAAGCGGAACUACUCCCGGUGGAAUCGUUGGUAUCAUCAUGAUCUAUCUUUAUGCCUUCGGAUGGUCAUUCGGACAUUCAGUCGCGCCGUACUUGACUGCUGCUGAAAUCUUCCCUGCUCGUAUCCGGUCUUUCUGCAUGUCGUGUUGCCUGUUCACCAACUGGAUCGUCAACUACGGCAUUACGUCUGCUACUCCCCACAUGCUGCGGACCAUGGGCUAUGGUACUUUCUUGUUCUUCGCCGUCAUGACCUACAUCGGCGCCGUCUUCGUUUGGUUCUGCUUGCCGGAGCUCAAGGGCCGUAGUAUCGAGUCCAUGGACGACCUGUUUGCGCACUCCCUUUGGACCAUGUUCAAGCGUGCUUACCCGACGGAAGAUGAGAAGGUCAGACACGAUGUGCAGGAGAGGCUGCACGACAAGGAGCAAGGCGACGACAAGGAUAUUUCCCACGUGGCUAUGGUCGAGGACAACAGCAGGCGGUACGAGCCGCCACAGAAGCGGCAGGUUAUGCGGUACUACAUUGAGAUUCUCAGUCAAUACUUGACGGUAAAUGAGCAGUUCAACUCUUUCCUCUCAGCAUUUCUUCCUAUGGCGAUGGAGUCAUCUGUUCUGUAUGAUGCACUUGUUGCUUUUGCAUCCGGCCAUCUAUCCCUCAGCGAUCAUUCAUACAAGGUCGCAGCUCUUGAGGCUCACUCGACAGCUAUGGGCAACCUGGCAACGGCUCUCAGUAACCCCCAGAACGACAUCACCUGGUACGAAACCAAAGUGGCGACCUGCCUCGCCUUCGUGAUCGGGGAAGUCUGUGUGGGCAGUUGUCACGGAUGGCAGACGCACUUGCAAGGCGCGAAGCUCAUGAUAGAGUCCGCCACGGCAGACAUGAGCUCCGGCGUCACACUCCGCGGGCCAGACGUCUUCAAGAAGAGCUCCGAAGGCCAGUGGAUCUUACGAAACUUCGCAUAUCACGAUAUCGUCGGAAGCGUUACUCUCAGGCGGCGACCUCUACUGGACUGCAGUUACCUGGACGGCAUCACGGAUGUCGUCGAUACUUACUUGGGAGUCGCGACUGAAUUGCUGCGCUAUGUCUCCACACUCUGUUGUCUCGACGAGGAGACGAGAGUUGAUCCGGACUUCUCUGACGAUGAAAACACCGAGCGAAUGGUGCGCUUUCACCAAACUUGCUCCGAGACCGAGCAGGAGCUGCAGGGUUGGCGGUGUCGCCCAGACGCUGCACCGGAAUUGAUGGCAUUGGCCCACGCUUUCAGGAGCGCCGUUUUGAUAUUUCUGUAUCGACUCGUGCGAACCAGAAGUGAGGGCGAAUCGUUCUCCCCUGAGAAAGACGGGCUUUCGGCAGUAGGGAGCUGGGAUAUUCUUCCCACCAAGAUUCGCACGCAGAUAUCCAACAUCCUCAGGCACGUCUCCGAUAUUCCAGUCGGAAGUCAUGCGGAAUCUGCAAUUCUAUUUCCUUUGUUCCUCGCCGGCGGAGAGGCUACGGAGGAUCACCACAUGGAUGCCGUCCGAAACCGGCUGCAGUUGACGUUGCAGAAGCGGCGGUUCCAGAACAUCGCUCUAUCGUUGGACACUCUUGAGGAUCUGUGGCAUAAGCGAAAGACGGAGGAUGGCUCUCAAGUCGACUGGACGGAAAUCCUGGACGCGUCCGGAGAGCCUUUAUUGUUGACUUGA